AUGUUUUGCUACCAUCUAGCGCUGAAGGGGCACGGCCUCCUCAGCGCCCCCUGGUGGCUGACGGCGGAACGACACACCCAUUUUGCUGCACUACGCUUUACGGCGCUUUCGCGGCGGCACGGGGCGGUGUUGCUUUACGGCAGCGCGGCGCGCCAGGCCGCGGGAUCCGCCAGGAUGAAGCAGAAAAGGAAAAAUGGGAAAGGGGAGCUGAGCCAGGCCGAGCUGAUGGUGAUGACCAUCGCUGACAUCAUAAAGCAGCUCCUGGAGGCUCACGAGCAGGGAAGGGACGUGGAUCUCAACAAGCUGAAGACCAAAACCUCGGCCAGGUACGGGCUGUCGGCGCAGCCGCGCCUCGUCGACAUCAUCGCGGCCGUGCCGCCGCAGUUCCGGAAGGUUCUGCUGCCGAAGCUCAAGGCCAAGCCCAUCAGGACGGCCAGUGGGAUUGCCGUGGUGGCCGUGAUGUGCAAACCCCACCGGUGCCCCCACAUCAACUUCACGGGCAACAUCUGUGUGUACUGCCCAGGGGGGCCUGACUCUGAUUUUGAAUAUUCCACCCAGUCCUACACAGGAUAUGAGCCAACAUCCAUGAGGGCCAUCCGGGCUCGCUACGAUCCCUACCUCCAGACGAGGCACAGAGUGGAGCAGCUGAAGCAGCUGGGCCAUAGCGUGGACAAAGUGGAAUUUAUCGUGAUGGGUGGGACCUUCAUGGCUCUGCCUGAGGAUUACAGGGAUUAUUUCAUCAGGAACCUGCACGACGCCUUGUCGGGCCACACUUCCAACAACGUGGCAGAGGCCGUCAGGUACUCGGAGAGGAGCCUGACCAAGUGCGUGGGGAUCACCAUCGAGACGCGGCCGGACUAUUGCCUGCGGCCCCACCUCAGCGCCAUGCUGGCCUACGGCUGCACCCGCCUUAAAAACCCUCACCUGGAAGAUGCCAGAAACCCUUCCCCAAAAUGUGAUUUUCCCUGCAGGUACUCGGAGAGGAGCCUGACCAAGUGCGUGGGGAUCACCAUCGAGACGCGGCCGGACUAUUGCCUGCGGCCCCACCUCAGCGCCAUGCUGGCCUACGGCUGCACCCGCCUGGAGAUCGGCGUGCAGAGCGUCUACGAGGACGUGGCCAGGGACACCAACAGGGGUCACACGGUGAAGGCUGUGUGUGAGUCCUUCCACCUGGCCAAGGACGCUGGCUUCAAGGUGGUGGCACACAUGAUGCCAGACCUGCCCAACAUGGGGCUGGACAGGGACAUGGACCAGUUUUUUGAGUUUUUUGAGAACCCCGCCUUCCGCCCCGACGGGAUGAAGCUGUACCCCACGCUGGUGAUCCGCGGCACCGGGCUCUACGAGCUCUGGAAAACCGGGAGAUACCGGAGUUACCCCCCCAGCACCCUGGUGGAUCUGGUGGCCAGGAUCCUGGCCCUGGUGCCGCCCUGGACGCGCGUGUACCGUGUCCAGAGGGAUAUCCCGAUGCCUCUGGUGAGUUCUGGGGUGGAGCACGGGAACCUGAGGGAGCUCGCCCUGGCCAGGAUGAAAGACCUUGGGACACAGUGCCGCGACGUGAGGACGAGGGAGGUCGGAAUUCAGGAAAUCCACCACAAAGUCCGGCCCUACCAGGUGGAGCUCAUCCGCCGGGAUUACGUGGCCAACGGGGGCUGGGAGACGUUCCUGUCCUACGAGGAUCCGGAGCGGGACAUCCUGGUGGGGCUGCUCCGCCUGCGCCGCGGCUCCCCGCAGUCCUUCCGCCCCGAGCUCAAGGGCGGCGUCUCCAUCGUCCGGGAAUUGCACGUCUACGGCAGCGUGGUGCCCGUCAGCAGCCGGGAUCCCUCCAAAUUCCAGCACCAGGGAUUUGGAAUGCUGCUGAUGGAGGAGGCGGAGAGGAUCGCCAGGGAGGAGCACGGGGCACGGAAAAUUGCCGUCAUUUCAGGUGUCGGCACCAGGAAUUACUACAGGAAGAUCGGCUACGAGCUGGAAGGGCCCUACAUGGUGAAAUGGCUGGAAUGAUGGUCCCGGAGAUCCUCAUCCUGGAGGAGCAGCAGGAAGGACACGACGCUCAUCCCGGGAAUAAAGCCCAGGAUUUGCUUCUGCCAGAGCACCAGAGUUGGACUUGAUGAUCCUGGUGGUCCCUCCUAAUUCCAUGAUUUUAGGAAACAGGGCAUCAUCUCCUCUGGGAGGAGCAGCCCUGGGACAUUCCAGGUGUCUCUUCACCUGGGUUAAUCCUGCUGCAUCCUCGGGAUGAGCUCCAGUGGUUGUAUUUGAGGGAUGAAUUUCAGGAUUUUGGGGUGUCCUGGUGGGCAAAAUGCCUUUUUUCCGCUGCUGUCAGCUUUUCCUGGUUCUGCGCUAAAACGGGGCGUGUCACUCGGGACGGGAAUAAAUUCUGCGUUUAUUUAUUUA